AUGAAGCAAGUCUCAGAUGAUGCUCCCCCGUUGAGCAGCUCAGAUUUGAGUGAUAGCGAUGAUGGCCUGCCUCGCCGAGGUGACAUCCAGCCUACUCUUUUUUCCUCCAACAAGUCCAGAAAGCGGCCAUCUCUCAGCCAAGAUGAGGACGAUGAAUGGGGUAGUAAGCGAAUGGGAGCAGCCUCGAAACGCCCCCGGACCGCCGCAAAGUCAUCUGUUCCGAAAGAACCCAAAUCAGGUCCCGAGAUAAAGCGUAAGACAACUGAAACGAUUACGCUAUCAUCUUCUCCCAUCGCCCCAGAAAGUCCAAAGGAGAGCAAAGAGAAGGAUAAGAAGCAAGACUCGAAAGACAUGCAGGACGAUGACCUUAUCUUCAGCUUUAUGAAGAAACCGAAGGCAACGUAUGGUAGUCGUAACAAGUUUACGAAGCCUGCGACGACGACCUGUCCGAGUACGGAGAAGACACCCGAACGAAAAAAGAAGCCAAAGUCAACAGGAACGGGCUUCAUAAGACCACCAUCUUUGCCUCCCCUAAGCGACUCUACCCCUGACACAGGCUUUAAGCGGCCGCCAGAUUUACCUGGGGAUACUCCUGAGAAGCCGAUCACCGGCUUCAGGAUGCCCCCACCUCUACCUGGAAUGUCUGACGAUGAAGCGGGGACCGCGAACGCCAACAAGCCCUCAUCCACUGACAAGACGACAUCGAUCGAUGUGCUGUCUCUUUCCGGCUCGGACUCGCCAAUGACAGACUUAUCCGAUCUCUUCGCAAUACCGAAAUGUCCUCUCUGCCAGAAAGAAGUUUCCGCAGAGCUUCUUGAAGCUUUCAAGAAGGAACACUCACUCACCACAGUUGCCGCAAUGCGCAAUUUCUGCGAACAGCACAAUAAAAAGUCCGCCCGGGAGACCUGGAACAAUAAGGGUUACCCGGACAUCAACUGGUCGAAGCUCGACGAGCGCAUCGCCAAGUACUACCCGGUGCUGCGGGACAUUCUCGAGUUGCGCAAGCCGUCGUACUACAGGGAAAAGUUCAGUGACAGUAUCAAGGACGGAGGCAACAAGACGUUGCUUCGCUCCGAUGUCAACCUGACACCUGGGUAUUACGGCAUUCGGGGGUUGCAGCAUAUGUCGGAGAACUUGAUCAGCAAGUUUUCCGGUCUAUUGCGAGAGCGAGCGGUGCUGGACAAGUUGGUGUCAGCCCGUGGAACCACGAGGUUCCUGCAGUCUGUUUUGGUGCCGGAGUUGGCAAUGCGACUCGUGAUGGAGGACAUGAAUGUCGGCGAAGAGGAGGCACGGAAGGUGCUGGAGGAGAGCUCGUGGGUUGGUGAUCUCUUGAACGAUGAGAUUGCCGAUGUUGUGAAUGUCGAUAGCGAUGACGACAAGGCGAAUAGUGAAAGAGAACAGCAAGACUUCAGUGACGACGGCGACGUUGACAGCGGGUCUCAGGACGACUAA